CCCUGCGGCAACGUAAAGAUAUCAGCCCUAUCUGGACCACAGGGCUCAUUUGUAAUGUAUUAUCAAUCGACCACGGGCCCUGUUAACACGAGCUAUACGAACUCGGAAUUCGCGAAAUCGCAUGCUAACAGUCUGCAGUGACCUUCCUAUGUUGGACAAGUCACCUGGAGUCACGCAAUUCUCUACGCCCACUGUGUUCAUCGAGGUGUCCUUUUCCCACACACGGACUGGGGCGUCUGAAGGACCUAGACCCGUGUAGAAACACAGCACCAUGGCUGAACGGUUCAUCGCAGCGGCCAAAGAUGGCUACGUGGACCUUCUAAAGGAAGCGACCAAACGCGACCUCAACUACCCAGACGAGGAUGGAAUAACGGCCACCAUGUGGGCAGCUAGGAAUGGAAACCUGGAGGCUCUCCGACUUAUCGUAGGACGACAGGGUGACGUCAACGCCAAUGACUUCCUGGGGUUCACCGCUCUGCACCACGCCACUCAGCGUGGUCACUUUGACGUGGUCAGCUACCUGGUCUACUGGGGUUGUAACGUCCAUGCCUUAGACAACGACCUGCACUCCGCCCUGGACCUGGCAGCCAUGUACAACAGGACAGACAUUGUCAAGUUCUUAGAUUCUGUGAUCGCGCAGCGCCAAGCCAAAAAUCCAAAACAGUUUGCCAAGCAAAAGGAAGAGGCCAUGCGCGUGGCUGAGGCAAACGUGAAGAAGUAUGAAAAACUUCAAGAUGCUGCUGCGAAACGAUCUGAGAAAGAACACAGAAAGAUGGAGCAGCAGGUCCAGCAGCAGUUACAAGAGAACGGCGUGGACCAGAAGCAGAAAAAAUCGUUUAUUAAAACUUUGACUCUUCGCAUCAAGGGCCAGAACAGCCUUCAGAAGAGAACCAAAGGGCACAGUAAUAACUAUUCCGAGAUGGCCGGGCUGACGUAUGGCGGUAGGUCUGGAAUUAGCAAGAAAAUCCAAAUGAGGCGACUGGAAAGUUUGACCCCAGAUUCGUCAGCAUCCGACAUUUCUACGUUUUCCGGUAACCGCCAAAAGUCACUGAGGUCUCAGAGCAUUCAGAUGGGCAUAAGUGGGUCAGCAGCAGAUGUCGAGUACAGGACAGCGAGCAGGGGCGAGAGCUUCGAUGACCUCGGAGUUUCUAGGAGACCAGUGCUCCCUCAAGGCUUCGGGCAUUCAAAUCUUUACAAGCCGAGGAGUGAGUCGGACAUCCUCGAAUCGUCACGUUUCGAUGAAGAGGAAAGUGACGGAGAAGAGGAAUCUGGCAUGUUCACUCGUCCCGGAUUUGCGAAAAUCUCCUUCCUCCCCAAGCACGGGUUUCUUAGUACGAUUCAAUCAUUUGAAGAAAAUGGCCUUACCAAUGGAAGUCCGGACGUCAAAAGACUGUCCGGAGAUGGCGAGGAAGAGGUGGACCAGGGUCAAGGUUACGAUGAGAAAAGCCAGGUGCUGCCGUGGGACCAAGAUGACCUAGGGAACCUUGACGAUGACGCAGAGGAGGACGAUAAGAAUGAAUUGUCGGCCAUUGAAAUGUUUGUGUGUGCAUGUGGCUUAGCUAGUUAUUUACAUAUUUUUUCGAAGGAAAAGAUUGAUAUGCCUUUAUUAAUGAGCAUGACGGAUGAGGAAUUUCGGGAACUUGGGCUGCCUUUUGGGCCGAGGAAGAAACUGAAAGAGGCGAUCGUUAGACGGAAGACAGUUCUUGAAGCCCCUACUAAAAUGACAGCUUCCCAGUUGUGAUCUAUUACUCCGUUAUACCGCCUUAGAAUACAAAAAGCAGUAUAUCAAAGGCUUUUGUAAGGGAAAUAACCCCAAGUAGUUUCAGAAACAGGGUAAUAACUUGAAGAGAAUCGGAUAUGUGCCUGUUUUAAAUGAAAUUACCGUACGUUUUGCAUUUUCAAUUGUGCCCAUAUGCAAGCUCGUAAUUUGAAGGAAAUUUCAUAAGUAAAGCAUAUUAAAUGAAGCUCUGUCAUAUCCCACCACUCACACACCUGAAAACGCAUGUUUGCAACGAGCGUCUUUAUACAUUUUUCUUAGUUAAAAAAAAUAAAUUCUUACAUUAUUUAUUGUUUCACCAAGUCAAGUCCAUGACCAUGUAAGCUGCCUAGAUAAACAAGAAAAUGUAUACUGAGUCAAACAUUUCCGUGAGUGUUAUAUAAUAUAUAUAAUAUAUAUAAUUUGUGUGUGUGUGUGUAUGUGUGUGUGUGUGUAAUAUAUAUGGGCAUGUAUGUGAACAUAGAUACAUAUGUGCCCAUCUGACCUCUGAUGCAGUUGUGAGCGCUGUAAAAUGUUUACCAAACUAAACUACCAGAUAUAUAUGAUGAAUAUAUAUAAAUCUACAUACACAACAGGCGCACACCUACCUAUAUAAGACAUAUUUUCUUAUGUUUUUACAAAAUGCUUUUUUACGAAUACACAGUUGAAAAAUUUGAUACUUGAAGUUCUUGUGUCAUUGAUGUCAACUGAAAUAAUAUUUAAUACAAGAACUUAUUAUGUUCUGUGAAAGUCGCCGAUCAGGAAGUAUAUUAAAGAAUGUGCAAACAUUUCAGUCCCAAGAAAGGAUGCUUGUAACUGCUACAGAUAUCACUUAACAUGUGGAUCAAAAGUGGUUCUGAACAGAAAAGUAUCAAGGGGGCAUUGAUCAUUCUGAUUUUGUUUGUUUUUGUAGAAGGACGUCAGGACGACAUUACAAGAUCGUUGGUCUAUUUUCUUCAUCAGAACGUUGUAGUUUCAUUGCUUUAGCUUUUUCUGGUUGUGGUAUUUGAACAAAAUAUGCAAAGUUCACAUUUCUCGGUUGUUAUUGAUGUGUUUCAUUUAUGAUUUGUUGAAAAUUUGCUGAAUUACAUUUAAUUUCUUUUUGUAAAGGUUUUAUGCCCAUCUAGACACAAUAUAUUAUACUUAUUAAGUCAUUUUAAAGAACGAGCACCGCACCAAUGCAGUGAGGAAAACGUUCCAUUAAUGCUGGCAACGAGUGUUUGAUUUUGUCAAAUCCUGUGAUAAAACCGGAAUCAAGAGACCGUCACCUAUUAAAUUGUUUGUAAGAGUGAAUAUUUCAGUGAUCUUUUGUUUUGUAAUGUUAUGGCUGAUUGCCCAACAAGCGUGUGUUUGUCAAAAUAGAAGUCGACCGCACUGAUCACUAAUGAUGUUCACAGGUUUGUGGUUACUUUGAUGAAACAAAAGAACUCUGAUGUUGUUAAUUGUAUAUAUCACAAGUCCUUGAGAUUGGUAUUGGGUUACUGGCUAACCGCUCAUUUAAACUCUUUUGUGAGUCGAACGGGAGAAAUAAAGACAAAGAGAGAGAGAGAGAGAGAGAGAGAGAGAGAGAGAGAGAGAGAGAGAGAGAGAGAGAGAGAGAGAGAAAGAGAAAGAGAGCACGCGAACGUGUAAUCGUAUCUGGGUGUGUUAGCGUAUGAAAUUUAAACUCUUUGAGUGAACCAGAGAUUCUCUUCAUACAUUCGCUCAUCUUUUGAGGAAAUAACCACCGUCACUGCCCCCUUAUUGUUUUAUUACUAAAGACGUGUAGACUAUUUUAUCAAACUGGUCAAUUUGUGUACUGUUCCUGUAAAAUCUGUACGUUAAAUCUUAAUUCAUUAUUUAAAUGGUAUGUCUGAAGACGACCGUUUGGUUAAUAUCCUGUCUUUAUCUGUUAACAAUAUAUCGAUAUAACUUGAAUAUAAGUAAAGAAAAUAUAUCAGAACAGUGUUGAUUAAUCAAACCGAAAGGGGGAACGUUACUAUUGAUUUAGCGUACCCUGGUAACGUGUGCCUUGUUUUCGACUGUAUAAAAGCACACGCUACAUGGACAAUGUGGAACGCGCUUUCCAGGUGCUGGCAUAUUUUAUACAGUGUUACUUUGUCUCUUACCAUGUUUUAUAAUUUCUUAAGAUGUGUUGCACAUUAAAUUUGAUUGAGAUUUGCAAAUGCCCCCCCCCCCAAAAGUGUCUAAAGGGAUGUAAUGGUUGAAUUCCACUCAACAUGGACACCGUAGGGGACAUGAUAAAAGAAAUGUUACAUCAAUUUGAUUAACCCUUGGAAAAUAUUCUCGAUAUAUUGAUUCGGUAAGGAGUAACCCGUUACAGUUAACUGACUCAAAACCUACCCGUUUCAGACCCCACACUGUGCACUGUAAGUAGGGACACAGCUGACCCAAAACUAUGAAGUAUGUUGUAGGAGCUAAUUUUGUCAACAGACGUUGUGUGCAUCCCAUUAUUUUACCUAGUUCUCAAACUUAUUUUUCAAAAUGACGAAAGUUUGAGUGUUUAAAAAUAUGACAUAGACAAAAGCCUUAGUCAUGGAUUCUAGAACUAUAUCGACCAGAAAGACAGCACAAAAUGAAAUGAUGUAACUUUCCGAAUGCCCAAUUAAGCAAAUCCAAAAGGAAUGGAGGCUGUUGUAAAGUCUGAUUGAUGCAAGAGGAACCACAAGGUACAUAUUAUAUGAAACAAAGAACUAUUGCUAUACAACCACGCAAAGAUAUCCACACUGAUUCCCUCAUGACAACAUGUUCAAUGCAUUCUUGAUUUACUUGCGUUUGAUUUGAUUUUGUUCUUAUCAUCAUUAAUACAAGGUCUCAUUCUCGAUGUCACCCGACAGCCAUAUCAAACCAUCCAUAAUAUAAGUAUACUACAUAAUAUUUAUUGUAAACUAUAACCUAACCACCAAUAUAUAUAUAUAUAUAUAUAUAUAUAAAACAUGUGUACGUUUUCCAUCAAGUCGUUUACGAGUGACAAUGUUUCUGAAUGCUUCCAACUUCCAAUGAUAACUUACCCCAUCAAAACAUAGCACCCACCGGUGUGAGUAGGUUGCCCAAAUGAAACGCCUAUGAGUCAUGCUCGGAUCAAUCAGAUACUGUAGAAGAUUGACAUAUUAUAUUACUAUUAUCCUUACUGCUUUGUCAUGUACGUGGAAAAUUGAAUACCGAUCAGUUCUUAUGUCUGACCCAUUGUUAUUUUUGAUCAGCGACGGCUGGACAUUUAUGGUGGUUUGUUAGUCACAUAUUAUGUAUAUAAUCUAUUAUUCUAUACACUAAUUUAUACAUUUGAUGAUCUACGCCACUGGACAAGCCAAAAUGGUGCGUUCUGCUUACUCAGAUGGUACUUGAAUAAACAUUGCUGUUUUUAA